UUCCACGCUAGAACUAAUUCACAUUGUAUAAAUGUCAGUUACCACUAUAAUAUAAUAUGAUUAUGUCUAAAUAUAAUAAUGUACCUACGUAAAGUAGUUUAAGUACAAAUGGAUUUGUUUGCGUGUAUGUAAUAUAUGGUUAAAUAUAAGUACCUACGACGGUCACGGCAGUCAACUCAUCGACGACAUUAGCAGCAGCGAUGGAUGACCUGCAAAUGCAUUCGCAUACACGCAUAAGACGCACAAUAGGAGGAGGUAGCAUGGGAGGAGCUGUGCAGUAGGCCGUUCUCACAGCCCCGGUUCCGUUCACAAAAAUAUUUUAAUUUGAAUCACCGAUAACCAUAUCGACAAUGGAACUUGAAUAAUUGAAUAAUUCGUAAAAAAAAGUUAUUUUGGAUGUAUAUUAUAAUAAUUUAGGUGGAAAGUGGUCACUGGGUACUUAGCACUGGUGUAAGUGACGAUUGGCUACCGCACAAGCUGAACGGAGCUGCAGUAAGUAACGAUGUAGCGACUGCAAUAGCUGCACUCCGCCUGCAGUGCCUGUAACGCAUUUAAUAGAUUUACCAGGCACGUGCGCUAAAUAGUAAUAAACCAUAGCUAGGCACAUAGAAUUUAAUUUAGAUUGGAAUAUUUAAUUUUAAUCGAUCAAUUAUCAUUUAUCAGUAAUCAUGUAGCCAUAUUAUAUAUUAACACGCGUGUGUAAUAUUAUGUCAUAUAGUACUCAAUGACAACCAGAAAAUAUGUUCGCAUCGGCGCGCAUAUGAAAAAAUUCGACUUGGACGCCCACGUGUCCGUUUCUACAAACCGACGAUCGUAAUUAUAUCGAUCAAUAGCGGCGGUACCUGUUGUAGGUAUAUACCUACUCGAAUCGGCUAUUUCGUAAUGCGCUCGUCUCGUUGAAACAGAAACGGAUAAAAAAAAAAAAAAAAAAGAAUAAUAAAUAAUAAAAAUAAGUACCAAAUACCAAUACUGACACACGACGACUACAAACAGACGCCUCGUUCGAGGUGGUGGGAGGGAGUAAUAGAGAUUUUCUGGAGUGUCCGCGCCCUUUCCCACCUGGGGACACGAGCACGCACUCGAGUUGUUGCAUUCUCUAUGGAUAUACGUACGGAAUACGUUUACGAAACAAUAUAAUUAGGCGACCCGAGCGCAGUGACGACGACGACGACGACGAUACGUCAUCGUCGUCACACCGAAAUACCGAAUCGUCACGAGAACCUCGGUGGCGGCGGCGGCCGGUGAACGAGCGGCGAUCGAGUGCGUGCAUGUCAGUGCGUGCGGACUACGCGUGUGCCUCGCGUCUAAUAAUAUUUAUUUAUUUUACUUUUCUUCUUCGCGGGCGCCGGUAGUGUACAAACGAUCUCUACCGCCACCGCCGCCGCCACAACAACAACAAAAUAAUAAUAAUAAUAACAAUAAUAGUAAUAAUAAAAAUAUUGUACUUUGACGUCGCGGCGUAUAUAAAACGUGCGGUCCGUCCGUCGCACGCGUUCAGUCCGCAUUAACGACCGUGCACGGCGGUCGCGCGAACAACCGACCACGCACCACACACCGGAUCCUCCGCGCACGAAUAACGCACUCUCGCCGCCCGCGCGCGCAGCUAUAGACGGAGUAUAACUCUGGACCGCGGUCGCGUGCACCAUCAUCGCUUCCCGGACCGUGGUCGUGUACGAUAUAUAGCAAUACGACCGCUUGCGCGCGAACCGCAAACGCAUAGUAUCGUGAUAAAUUAUUAUCGUUUUCGUACAUUUUUUACGGACCGCGUUCACUGACGGACGACGUUCAGAUCUACGCCGCGACAAUCGUAUAACAGCGUGAGACGCUGCCCGUCGACCGGCUCGUGACUCGAAACAAUAUUAUUGUGAUGGGCAGCGCCGACGUCUGGUGGUCGCACGUGCCGGUCGUCGGUCGCGCGGUCCGAUUCGCCGUGCUUUUGAUCGUCCUCCGGCUAGCCGAUUUCAUGACGGCGGUGACCUGUGCGGCAGCCGCAGACGACGACCGACACCAGCAACACCUGCAGCAGCAGCAGCAGCACAACGUCCACCUCACCGAACUGGGUCGCAACAUAAUCAAAGGGCUGAAACUGGAAAAGUUGCCGGACAUGACCAAGGUGGACAUAAGCAACGAAGAAUUCCAUUGCAAGUAUUUAGAAUAUUUCCGGCGAUUGUAUGUGGAUGAAUCAGAAUUUUACGAUCCCGACAACGAUGAUGUAACAAUGACAGCGAGUUAUGAUAAUAAUGACGACGAUCACGACGUAUCCGCGAUUCUAGUACGGGGUCAAGUGAAACACUUCGGCAGCGAUAACAGAAACUAUGAAUCUCUGCAGCUGCCGACAGACGACGACGGCGACGUGCCGCGACGAACGUCGACCGUCACGUUCCCGAUUUACGAUACGGCGGCGCGGGGCGGUGGCAGCCGCGCGUCGGUGAUCAAAUCGGUGGUGCGAAUCUACGCGGACGCGCCUCACGUACGAGUCCGCGUGUACGGCCGCGUCGUGCUGCAGCAUAACGGCGGCGCCGCACUGCGGGAAAACCCGUCGCUGGUCGCCGACCUCGCGUGGCCGGCGGGCGGCGGUGGACGGUGGAUGGACGUGGACGUGACGCGCCUGUUGCGGUCGCGGAAACGUCACCGUGGCGGCGGUGCGACCGCCGCGUCCCUGGAACUGUUGUUGCGGUAUUCGCCGGCGGCGGCCGGAGCGAUACGUUUCGGCGACGAAACGGCCGACGGCAACGACGACGACGGCCGACAUCCCGUUCUGCACGCUUUCUUGGACGGACCGGCGGCGGACGGUGGCGCGCCGCGUCCGGCGGACGUCCGGUGUCCCGGCGAAACGACGAGACGGAAAAAACGAGAGGGCGGCGGACGAGGUAAAAAGCGCCGUCGGCCGGCGGCGUCCGGUCGCGUCCGUCGGACCGACUGCAAGGUCGACACGUCGUCGGGAAACGACAACGGCACGGAGCACGGCGGCGGAGGGAACAAAUGUUGCCGGGAAGAGAUGCGCGUCGUUUUCGCCGACAUUCCGGGUUUCGAUUUCAUCGUCGAGCCCAAGUGGUUCGACGCGGGCCUUUGCCGGGGACGGUGCCCGGCCAAGUACAAUCCGGCCACCCGGCACGCGUUCAUCCAGAGCCUUUUGUGGAAACAGCACAACAACAACCACCGUGCGGGUGUGGCGGCCGACGGCGGCGGCGAGAGGCGGUCCCGGAGAAAGGUCCGUCACGGCGGCGCGGCGACAGCCACGACAAAAGCUCCUCAGCCUCCGCCCAAACCGUGUUGCGCGCCCAACAAACUGGACCGGUUGCAGAUCAUUCACGUCGACGAGACGGACCCGAGUACGCUGAAGGUGACCACGUGGAAAGAAAUGGCCGUCGUGGAAUGUGCGUGUUCGUGAUCCACGACCUUCGGGUUCGCGGUUUGACACAUCCUAUACUAUCAGCUCCUUUGCCGACUACAGUAUUAUUGUUGUUGUUAUUGUUGUUGUUGUUGUUAUAGUCGUGCGUGAGUUAAUACGAAUAUUAUCGUAUGCCAUGUGUAUGAGAUCCCUGUCAGAACGAAUUAUAUUUUUUGCCAUUACCGUUUGAUAUUGUUUUUGUUUAUGCGCUUAAUUUUAAAGACGUGUGUCAUAAUAUGACGUUUGGUCGUUUAAAUAUUUAAUAAUCCUAUAAAAAUUUCAAAAUGAUUUGUUAUCAUGACAUUUUAAUGAUAAUAAUAUUUCGAAUAACUACACGAAAAUGGCGAGAAAAAGGAAUUACUUGGUGCUUUCUAUAUAGUGCAUUUCUAUUUAUUUAUUUAUUUAUUUAUUUAUUAUGUAAUCAAUACAGUUUUUCGGUAUCAUGUGAGUGUUGAAAAAUGAUAGGGAAUAAGGAAAGAUUUGUUGAUCUCGGCGCCGCAGUCGCAUAGUGUUUAAGCAAUUUAACAAAUAUGUAUUAUGUAGGUAUGCGAUAUAUGCGCGUUUGAUGACGAAUCGCCAAGAUAUACGGGCCAAAAAUAUAUUAUACUAUUAUUAUUUAUUGUAUAAUAUGCUCAAAAUGAUCUAACGAAUUUUUUAUUGUUUACGAGUUUAUUCUAAUAUAUUAUAUUGUACAGUUUAUUACACAUUAAUUAUAUUUUCUAUUAAACAACUAUAUAGCUAUUAAUUCCAAUGUUUAGACUUUAGAUGAGUGUUCAUAAUAUAUAUUAAAAACUUUUGAUGGUUUUGUAUGUAUAACGUAAGAGCCCAACUUGUGUUCAUAUAUUAUGGUAUAAUAUUAUAAUCUCAGAAAAUUUUUACUUUAAAUUAUUAAAUUAUUAUUAGUAUUACAAUAACUAUUUAUAAAAAUGAAUCGCGGUCAAGUUCAAUAUCACAUAAUCUAAAUCAAUAACGCACUCUGUAACUCGUUUGUUUAUUUAUGAAUUAUUGUUUGUAGUUUAUCUCUACGUCAAAACAUUCGCUCUCCCUUGUAAUUUCAAGCGUUAUCGCGAAUAUUCAUAACUAAAAAUGUUAUUUUUUUUUAGCCCUUAUAUAGGCGUGGAUUAUUACAUAUUGACUAUAUUUUAUAUACUAUGGUAUACUCAGUCUUGUAGCGAAUACUUUUUUAUUGUAUUCAGAAUGCAUAGGUAUUCGAAUAUGUAUUUUUUCCCGCUAUUUUUUUCAGUUUUGGGUUGUGAUUGGAAAUUUACAAUCGGUGAUACAUAUACAUAAUAAUUAUUAUUAAUAAUAAAUCAAUAUUCAAUACAUUUUAUGUAUAUAUUUUCCCUCAUUUUUAAUAAAAUAAUACUUUUUGGCACAAUUUUGAAAUUUUAAGCUAUUUUUCGAGUUAAAAAAAAAUUACCACUAAAAAAAGUUUUUUAAAACUUUACAAGACUGGGUAUAUUUUAAUACUUUGAUAAAAAAAAAACAUCCUUUUCGAUGUGCAAUGUGCAUAUUAUCGAACGUUAAGUAUUAUACAAUUGUUUAGUUUUAAAUUUCAAUAAUAUAACAUGACUAGAUGUAUAUAACAUUUAAAUAGUAUGUAUUUUUAUUACACGCGCAAGUGGUUAAUGAGUUAGGUUAGGUUAAUGUCUACUAAUUUUCUUAAGCUCGAGUUUAAUAUUAGCCUUAAGUCAUUAUUUUUGUACAAAACCACAAUCGGACGUAACGGCAUAUUAUAUUAGUUAUAUUAUAGUAUUAUCAUGAUUAAUGCGCUAUGUCCUCAAGGUGAAUCCCAUCCUAUUUUAACCAUAUUAUAAUAUUUUAAUUUAUAUUCUAUAUAUCACAGAGAUAUUAUAGAAAACAUUUUUUUUUUUGUAGUAGUAUCCGAGUUUAGCUAUAACUUAAUAAGUAAUGCGUUUUCUAUAGAACAUUGUUGUUUUUAUAUACACAUAUAUAUAUAUAUAUAUUUCUUGUAUAUUUUUUUCUAUUGUAUAAACUUACUCAGUACUCAUUGACUAAAUUAUAUCACAUUAUAAUAUUAACGCAAUCAGAAAGUACCAACAUUUGAAACAAUUAUUAGCUAUAAGCCUAUAAAGUGUAUAAUAUUUUUUUUUAUUACUUGCAAUUUUUUUAUUGAAUGUAUGAAAAAAUAAAUCUUAAAAUAAUUUCCCAAACGAUCACAUUCAAUAUACAUUACACACUGAUACGUAGGAACUUAAAAUUUAAUAUUAGAAUACGUAGAUAUAUAUGCGUACAACGUGAAUAGUUUUGUUACCGAUCUAGUUGUUGUUCGUUUUACUGUUAACCACGAUUACGGUUCUAGUAUCUAAAUAAACAAUAAAAUUGCCCAACUGUUUAUUACUGAUUUAUAUAGACAAACGAUAGGUAACGCUAUAAGGAAUAAGUGAUUAAAAUACUAUUACAUUUUAAGCAAUACCUAUAUUUUGACUGUGAUAUUUUUUACCUAUUAUUAAUGUUAUUAGAAGUUAAUAGUAUGUAUACUUAAAUAGUUAAAUGUAGUUUGAUUUCAAUUUUUCUGUUUAUUUAUUUUUUUUUUUUAAAUAAAUUUAUAAUUAUUGUCACAAUAACACGUGACAACCAAAUAUUGUGUCAACUUGGUCAUGUGACGUCUGUGUAAUGCGUAUAAUAAUAUUAUAAUGAUUGUGAAAAAAAUAAAUGUCUUUGCGUUA